AAAGGCGCCUCUGUUAUCCUGUCCGGGAACACAGAGCCGCUUCGUUAUCCGCUGGCCGCUUGCUGCUGCUUCUCUGAGAGUGAGUGAGGAAGAGGACGGCGACGAUGGCCGGCAUGGCGGCGCUGCAGGGCGCCAUGGGGGCGCUCUCCGUCUCGGCCGCGAGCACCAGCGCCUUCUGGGGCAACCCGCUCGCCGCCACCUUCUCCGCCGCGCCGUCUGGGGUCAGAUUCAUGGCCAAGACAAGCCCAAUUGAAAUGAGGCUUAAGCGAUGGGAACGGAAGAAGUGUAAGCCAAACAGUCUUCCUAUGCUGCACAAGAUGCAUGUUAGGGUCGGCGACACAGUGCAAGUCAUCGCAGGCCGUGAGAAAGGUAAAGUUGGAGAAGUCGUACGGCUUUACAAGCACAACAGCACUGUGAUAGUGAAGGAUCUGAACUUGAAGUCAAAGCACAAGAAAGGCACAGAGGAUGAACCGGGUGAAAUUGUCAUGAUUGAAGGCCCCAUUCAUAGCUCGAACAUGAUGCUCUACUCAAAGGAGAAGAACGUGACGAGCAGGGUUGGGCACAAAAUCCUCGAGGAUGGCACCAAGGUCCGCUACCUGAAGAAGACCGGUGAAGUAAUCGACAGCGUUGAUAACUGGGUGAAGGUGUUCAAGGAAGGAGAUUCCGAGUCAUCAUCGUAGUAUGGAAACGCUGCACAUGCUCUCAACCUUGGCUGCGCUUAUUGCUGCCCAAACGCUUACUCGGCUGGUGCCGCUGCUUGUACUAUCAGUUUUUUUUCUAGCUUCAGAGCCUCUUUUGUAAAUUACUACUGCUACUACAAAGUGUCACCAUUUUUGCAACGCUUGGUCCAGCGAGAAGGCCUUCGUUUUA